UGAACAAGUAAACCAGAAUGCAUAAAAAAUAAGCUCUCAUAAAUCUGUCAAGCUAUUAUAUUUUUUGUAAAAAAAAAAAAAAAAAAUUAUAUACACAUUUGUCAAAUAGGUUAAAUACAUUUUAAGAAACUGGCAGAUAUAUCCAAAUGAAUUGCCCACCAUAACUCGAUACACUCUUUAGUUGGAGUUUUUUCAGCUCUAGUUUUUUCACUGUGUCCUAAUGUGAAGCGCUCGGACUCAACCUUUUCUGCACUCAAUGUGUUUGCAACGUUUGCACACGGCACCAACGCCACUCCGCCACCAACUUCAACCUGACAAGAACCCGUGCAAACGGAGCGGGAGGCAGGAAAACGUCGCUGCGUUGCUCACGAAGCCUGAUGUGUAACCUGCCGCGUGUCCUAACGUGGGUUUCACAGUGCACAGCUUGUGUCUCUCCUCCUGACGAGGUGACGUUGUCGUCAUUUUCUUGCUGAUUUUGUACGAGUUUUACUUUUUUUUUCCUUUUACUUCAGCGAGCUGUUUUUUAUCGGACUGUCUGGAUUGAAAAAGCAGAACGUGCGCGCUGGAGUGAGGUUAAAUUCGUGGAAGAAAGGCGGCUGCGUAUAUCUGUUCAACUGCUGUUAGCUACAGUGAAUUUAGCGGGAACCUCGACUCCAUUUUCUGCUUUCCAUAACGUCUCCGCUCUGCUGGCUGAUAAAAGUCAAUUCAUUUUGGAUUUCCACCCGACAUCCUCCAUGACUUGUUUGAAGGAGUGGUCCCUGUGGAGCUGGCACACUGUUUGAAAGGUUUGAUGGCAAAAAAAUAUUUCACGUUGAAAGAGCUGAAUAAUGCAAUCCUGUGUUUUCCCUACCAGCAUUCUGACAAGGUUGACCGUCCUCACCCAGUUCCUCAAAAUUUUGCUUCCCCAACACAGUGUUAAUGGCAACUGAUGUCCUUAAACUAAGAGUCAUCCUCGAUGACGUCAAUGCAGAGAGGCUUAUUCUGCCCUCUCGUCCUGAAACUGUACAAGCCCUCAUUUCUGAAAUGAAAGAUAAGUUAAAUCUGACCUUUGACUUUCGCCUUCAAUUUGAAGACCCCGAGUUUAAUAAUGCUCUCAACAAUUUAGUCAACAUGGAAGACCUACCAGCUAAAGCAACCAUCAAGAUAGUUAGAGUUAUUGAGUCAGAUCUCAGUUCCACAAGCACAGAUGACACUGUGUUAUUGUCAGACAACACCGACUCACCAGAGCGACUAUGCCGAUGGCCAGCCAUCUUUACUGUUCCAACAUUCUCAUACGAGGUGGAGUAUAUGCUAAGAGAGAGAAACUCUGCCCUGGGAGAUGGAAAAACUGUCAGGUUGACCAGGGAUCAAAAGCAUAACAUACUAGAUGUCAUGGCUGCUGAAAUAUAUAAGCACAAAGCAUAUCCGAGUACCAAACAGAUUGGCUUGGCCGCAGAGGCUCUGGUGAGCAAACACCCUUGUCUAAAAGAAAAUGGAUCCACAAAAGGAUACGAGGGCUGGCUGAACAGUUUGCGCUUCAAGAUGGGCAACUACAGGACCAAAUUGAGCAAGUCUGGCAUAAGGGAUGUGGCUGUAAAUGCCGGAAAGCGUAGCAGGACCAAUCCAGAGGGUGCGGCAUCCAGGGCCAGCAUCAAAAGACCCAGAAGAGGGGAAAUUAAUUUCCUUCCAAACUAUCCUCAUGGAGAAAGGAAGCAGACACUCGAGACGCAGAGGCUUGCAAUGGUCGAGCAGUUCAAGAGGACAUCGAUGGAAAGAGACAUGGUAUCCAUCCAUCAACAUAUGCAACGUACGUUUGCACUCAGACGUGAAGAAAUUGUGAAUUUAGCUCCUCCAGUUGUUGAACUGAAGGACAGAUGGCCUGCACUCUUCUGUGAAGCCCAGCUCUACAGUGAAUUCCACAGGAUCACAAACCUAAAUCUGCCAUCUACAUUCUAUGCUUCACUCGACAAGUACACACCUCAGCUGCUACAGCUCUACAAAAAGAGGAAGACUGGCACUUUUGGACAGAAGAUGGAAGCGGUUAUGAUGGCAUUUGAGGAACGGGACAAAAAUUAUAUCUGUGCAGCUCGAAUAGCCGCCCUGGCCGGCCUACCACACUACUUGAAGGAGGAUUCAGCAGAAGUCUUCAGAACAUGCAAGGAGGAUGACUUGGAAGCCGCCCAGGAGGGAGAAGUGGCUCUGGUGGCAGUGGUGAAUCAGGAGGAGGUGCUUCAAGUUCCCUUCGAAACCCAGCAUGUGUCCAUUGUUCUUGAAGAUAUGGUUGUCAUGUCACAUAGGUCCUGGACUGAUUCGCUGGUGAUUUUGUUUGCAUUGGUGUAUGCACUGCAUUUGAAGUACCCGGAUAAGCUCAGUGCCUUCUUUGAGUUCAUUCAGGUUAUCCUCCUUGACCUGGAUGAUGGCAGGAAGCAGCUUAGGCCUAAACUACAGGCCUUAAAAAAUGAGCUGGAGUAAAGUGGAGCAUUUGUUGUCAGCAUUUUCUAAACUAAAAUACCGUGUGGCUGGCCAGUUGAUUUAUUUUGUUUAGACAAGUAUUUAGAUAUGGUUAAUCAAUACUGUUGAGAUACUGUGAUUGAUCUAAGCAGAGAGGCUUUGAUUUUGGGUGUUAAACAUUCAACUAUAAGUAAAACUUUUAAUGUUUAAUAAUUUUACUAUGCAUGUGUCACCAGUUUUGACACUUAAGAUAUUGUUGUUGAUCUGAGCCCCAGAAAGGCAAGUCUGUUUCAAUGUAUUUUGGGUGUUAAGCAUUCGAUCUAAUAAAACUAAGUUUUGAUACACA